AUGCAUGACAAACAAGCAAAGAAUAUAUCACUGAGACUUGUUUUGGUAUCUACACACAGUAGUAGCGCAUCUCACUCUUCGACGUCUUCCAGAUCAACAUCGACAUCAACAUCAACUGCUACUUCUUCAGACCCUGAAACCACUACCACCAGCAAGAGUUCUCCAACCACCACGGCAGGUCAGACUACAGCCGUCGUCACUGUGACUUCAUCGUCUUCCGGUACUCCUCCUACGACUGUGUCAGCUGCUGCUGCUCAGACUACCUCGGCUACGUCCGCGCCCGGAUUGGUAUCUACCUCUACAUCGACGGUCAGAGCAUCGUCGUCCUCUUCUGCCAAUACGUCUAGCACCGGAGCUUCGUCAGGUGCUGAACGAGGUGUGUCAGUGAUGGCAGCGUCGAUGGGAAUGGUAUUCGUCGGUUUAGCUAGCGCGUUAACCUUGUAA